AUGCGGCAGUACGAGAAACUCGGCCACAUGACCCCCGUCGCGCCGGACGAGAUCGCGAAGAGCCGAGUGUGUUAUCUCCCACACCAUAGCGUCAUGCGGGAAGCAAGCUCCUUGACGAAGCUGCGCGUGGUGUUUAACGGCUCGGCGGCGCUUCCUUCGGGCGACUCACUAAACCGGUACCUACGGGCGGGACCGAAUCUGCUGCCGGCCCUCGCCGACGUGCUGCUGCGCUGGCGUCGUUACCGUUACGUCCUAGCCACGGACGUGGAAAAAAUGUACCGCCAGAUUCUGGUUCACGAGGAAGAUCGUGAUCUUCAGCGGAUCUUGUGGCGGUACCACACAGACGAGAAGAUACGGGAGUAUAUUCUCAACACCGUUACCUACGGGCUAACCUGUUCUCCUUUCCAGGCUAUUCGUGCUUUGCUUCAGCUAGCCGAAGACGAAAAGGAACGCUUCCCGCUCAGCACCGCCCUAGCGCUGCUCUGUGCCCGCUACAUGGACGAAGUACUUUCGGGCGCCGAUACCCUCGAAGAGGCUAUGGCCCUUCGGCAGCAGCUAACGGAACUCUGUGCGGCGGGCGGCUUUCCGCUGCGCAAGUGGUCGGCUAACGAUGAGGCGAUUUUGACGGGAGUCCCGGCGGAACAUCGUAUGCAGAACCUCAGGAAUCGCACGGCAUCCUGGGCUUACAGUGGCACCCCGGCGUCGACAGUUUCUCCUUCGCGACACGGACGAGCCCGGGGACGUCAGUCACUAAACGGUCAGUGUUGUCGCUCACUGCCCGGCUCUUUGACCCCCUUGGUUGGCUAG